GGGAAUCGGUGUCCAAACAAUUGCCAGGGUAAAUCGCUCCCCGGCAGCGCUGUCCCAGCGUGGUGCCGGCAGCCCGAGCGGUUUGUACCGACACAGCCAACGCGGCAGGGCUCUGAUCUGCAGGCUGGUAUUGACCGGAGGGGGAGUGUUCCCUGCGAGAUGUUUACACACCUCACUCCACUCCUGGAUGGCAGCUGCAAAUCUGAGGGACAAGCCACUACCUCAGAGUGCCCCGGGAGGCAUCGUUGGCAUCGUGGGAGGCGUGGUGGCAGCUGCUCUCAUCCUCGGCGUGGCCGUCACCGUCAUCGUCGUCUACCGGCGGCAGCAGAAGAACCGCACGGACACGGACCACGACCUAAUUGACUUGCCUCCAUCCCACAAACCUGCCCCUCCACCAAAGAGGAAACAGGAGAUGAAAAGCCACCUGACUCCAGAAGAUAUCCAGGUUGUUCACUUGGACAACAUGAAACACGAGGAGGAGAUCCAGAAGCUCCCCUUGCAGACUCCAUACUAUGACAUGGCAGCCCCUGAGCCCUCUCCCUACACUGACAAACUGAAUGAGGAUCAAGGUCUUCGUAGACGUAACGAGCGAGAGUGGACAAACUUUGGAAAGUGUCACCCAGAGGUAUCGGAUGCGGGUGAUUACCUGAGCCGCUGCUACUCACACCAGGAUCAUCGGUACCUGGAGAAGAUCCCUCGUGUCUACACCCCCCUGUCAGACCUCCCACAGGAUCUUUACCCUCACCACUCUGACAUCUCCUUCUGCUGCCCACCCCCAGGCUCCCGGGCUCCCUACAUCUGCCCUAAGGAACAGUAUGUCUGAGAUGCAAAACGAAGAAGCUCCACGUUCUUUCACUCGGCCACCAAGGCCUUUUAGAUCCUGCCCCCCCCCCCCCUUUUUUUGCCAUCAGCUAAAUUUUAUGGGUUGAUUUUUAAGCCUGGGUCAGGCUGAGCCCCUGCCCGGCUUUGCUCGUGCCCAAGGGAACGCUCUGCCCUCGCCCACGUCUCCUGAGGUUCCUGCAUCGCUCUCUCCCUCCUCCUCCUGGCCCUCCUGUGCCCAGCUGGCUCCCUGUGUGUGUGCAUGUGUCCGGGGGUGGCAGCUGCCCCUGUGGUGGGUGGGAUGUGCCCAACCCCAUGAAACAUCCCCUGUAGGCUCCCUCAUGUCCUUCCCUGCACUGCAGGAGCCGGGUGUGGAUCCUCCACGGCCCCUGGUCCAGCUUGUGUGAGGUUUUCCAGCACAGCCAGGGCUCAGGGCUCAGGCUGUAGCUUUGGGAGGUUUUUUUUUCUGUCACCACCCCCUCCCUUUGGAGAAAUUUCCCCCUUGGCAGUGGAGGUAGGAAAUCCCUGUUUGUGAAGAGCUAAACAGCCAGGAGGGCUGAACCAAAUCAUAAGAUGCUUGUAAUGAAAGAUGCUCAAAACCAACCCAAAAAUAGAGAUCAGUGCUUGGCUUGGGGGGUUUUGUUUCUGUCCUUUUCCCUUCCUGCUCCCAUUCCCAAUCUCUUGGAUUGACUCCUUUAAAUCCAUGUGACAUGGGGACGUGUUUUGAAGUCAACCCAUUUGGAGGAAGCAUCCUUUAAAUAACUGUCUUAUAACCUGAAACCAGAAGGGGAAAAUAAUUAUGAAGGAAAACAUUCUCUCUAAUUUUCUUUUCAAAGCCUAACGUGGCCCCCCACUAGCUUUUCCCCUCUCUCUUCCUUGCAUCUGUUGAUUGGAAUUUUAAAAUUAACUCAGGCAGAAUAUCAAGAACAAAUCAUGUUUUCAGGUAAUCUCCUUGCUCUUAAUGAAGGAUAAAAGCCAAUAGAGGAAUCUGGCCUUUUAACUUUUUUAAAAGCAUCUUAGUUUUGGGGACUACACUUUUUUUUUUUUUUUUUUGGAUAUUGGAAUGUGUGUGGGUGUGUCAAUCCAAACGUGUACAUUCCUGUGGCCACAAAGUGUUUUAGAGAAGGGAAUUUAUCUCCACAUCACAUUUGUGUUCACCUGUAUUAGAGGAAAAAAUAAAUGUCGAUAUACACUUAAAUGUAUAUAAAAGCAAAGCAGAGGAAGGAGGAGGAUGAGGAAUGAAGAUGCUGUGUAAGAGCUUGGUUUCAGGGAUAACUUUCACCUGUUUCACCCAGGUAUGGCAUAGGAGGGGUGGGACAGGUCUGAACAAGGGGAUAUGUGGCGAGUGGGCAUUUCUUUCCCUUUGGCUCAGGGUGGAUAUUUGGGAUUCUGCAGGCAUUGCACACUUGCUGUUCCUCUGGAAACCACGAGGGUGCUGAGUGGGAGGCAGGGAUGGGGACCACUCCAUCAUCCCGCUGCCCAGGCCCCAGACAACGUGUCAGUGCUGUUCUGUACACGUGAGAAAGGAACUCCCAGCCAGGUGAAGCCUCCCUGCCAGGGGAGGGGGGAACCCCUUGGCUGCCCCAGCCCAGCUCCUGCUGUGCCAUCCAGGCUGAGGCACCCAUUGAUUUUUGUGUAUCUGAACGUGAGCAGCUGGAGUUGGUGCCUGCACUUGCUGUGUUCCCACCUGGAGCAGCCUCCAGCCUCGCCCUGCUUGUCCCUCCUCCUCCUCCUCCUCCUCCUCCUCCUCCCCAGAGAAGCACAUCUGUGAAUGUCACACUACCUCGUGGAUCCCCUGCAGGAUAAUGAGCAGAUCUGUACAUAAGAGAGAAGUUUAUUCUUCAGUGAGUGGGGCAGUACAGCCCUGUGUGAGAGGGCACCACGUGCAUGGAUCCCCCAGGCCCUUGCAUGGCACCAAACACCCCCCUGGAGCACGGGGUGUUCCCACCCUUCCCUGCUUCCCUGUGCACGCUGACACUUUGUGCUUGAGAGGGGCUGGGAGCUGGUCACAAGGACAAGGUUUCCCCUCUCUGGUGGGAAUUGCUGCUCCUGGGGAGGUAGAUUCCUGCUGGGAGGUGGUGUCCCACUGGAUGACAGCUGAGUGACCUGGCUGGGCUUGGCUGGCUGAGGUGGGGAUGAACAUUUUUUGGCCAAGCUGAAAUGGGCAGCAGCAGCUUCCCUGUGUGCUGGUGCAUGGAGCACUCUCAUCCCAAAGGAUCAGGGGACUAUGCAGGCACAGCCUUAGAGCAUUCAACACAACUUUACAAUGCCAUCCUUUUGGUCUUGACUGAUGGAAACCUUCUCGGAGUCAUUUGGAUUCACAGUUCCUCCCCCAGUUUCCAGAGAAUUCAGCUGGUCACCAAUGGACUCAAAUUCAGAUAAUGUGUUUAUCUCUCGUUUCCUUCUCAACACACCUUGGGGGACUUUCUGGUUGCCACAGAGCUGGAAACUGGGUGUGCUCUGAACUGAAGGCACAGCCAACACUUCCACCCCAGCAGGGAACUGUGUUCAAGUCUGCCAAACCUGCCUUUGGUCCCUCUGUUUGGAAAGGUGAUUAGGUGCUGGAAAACCCAAGGGUCUCUGAUGUCCUGGAACCAACCCAGCACUGCUGACCAUGGAAUAAAGGCAAGCAAAAAUCCAUCACACACUUCCCUACUUGCAUGCCUGGAAUAGCAGAGGUAGGUUUGAUUUGGAGCCUUCACCUCCUGAUGCAGUUUCAGACAGAUCUAAGAAUUUAAACAAGGAGUGGAAGAUGUUCAGGUCUUCAGACACGUAAGGAAACAAGCCAGACAAAAUGAUUGUUUGCCAGAGGAGGCAGAGAACAUGUUGCAGGUGGUUUUCUCUGCUGCCCAUGGCUGGGGGGAUGAUGCUUUGAUGAGGUAGGGGAAGGCAGAGACUCAAACUGCAGCAUUACAGAGAAACUCUGGUUUGCCUCGUGCAGCUUUGAAUGUGAGCUGCCCACAGAAGUCUGCCACAGAGGGUUUUGCUGUGCUUUCAGUAAAGCAAAAGCAUUUCAACCCUCCUUAGAAAAGUAAAAGGCAAGAGGAGCCUCAAUUCAAAGCACUAGUUUGACUUAUGCCAGCACAUAUAAUAAGUACAGGAAUGUCUUGGUUCUCUUUGCCUCUCUGGGUUGGUCUCAAAAAAAAAAAAAAUGGCAAGAGAGAUUCGCCACACAGCACCCUAGGAAAAGGGGGAAAACCCUGAAGGAAAACCUUGAAGGAAGAGCUAAUGAGGUCCAAGUCCACUGCUUUGGUUUUACAAAUCUGUGUUUGGAAAUGGUUCUGAUUUGGGGCUCUUACUCCUCCCUCCCUUUCCCUGCUGCUGCACAGUGUUUGCCUGGGGGCUCCUUCCAAACUCCCCUGCACCUGCUGCCAUGGGCUCAACACUCCCUUUGCUCCAUGAAAAGGCUGCCCAGGCCCGUGGGGACCCCGGAGGUGCUGGAAUCCUGCUGCAGCAACACUGAGGAGGGGUGCUCUCCUCCUGACAUGGUGCCAAUUGACUCUAAAAGAUCCCUGCUCCAGGAACUGAGCCACGAAGCUGUUGGGUGUAGACUGCUGAGCAAGUUGAACAGGAAACUGGUGGAGUGUGACCCAGUGGGCUGGCAGAAUAUGGGAGAAACUGGUGUUAUAGGACACAGAACCAUUUAGGUUGAAAAGACCUUUAAGAUGAAGCCCUUCUUCCUGUUACCAGGGUGAAAUGUCAUAAUUUCUGUUCCAUGUGUUGGUGGCACUGACACGAGAGCUCUUGCAGAUGGAAAAGACUGAUCACAGAACUUAAAUAAAAGUGAACUGAAGAGUUACAA